AUGAAUGAAUCAAGUAAAUUAGUGUUCCUUAAUUUUAUUUUCCUUUUAGUGAUAGUGCAAAUAUGCCGCAGCGAGCCGGCACAGCACUUGUCCCUCCACAGCCCGGAGCCUCUGAUGUCAGAGGCGGAGUACCUCGAGGUCCUCAUCCGGAGGGUCGGAGACAAUCUUACCCUUGUCUGUGAGAUCAAAGGCGACCGGCAGCCGAGGCUGUUUGUGUGGAACUAUGUUGCUGCCAAUGGGAGUUCUAGUCAUAGGCGUUUCGCCAUCGAGCCAUCCGGGCCAACCCCCUCCACCUCGCUAGUGCUGCCAGAUCUGCAGCCGGAGGACAGCGGCCGCUACAUCUGCUCCUCACCACCCUCUAGCGUCACCAAGUUUGUGCUGGUGCAGGCCGCAGGGAGCAUUAACUGCGCGCGCGGUGCGUUUUCCUGCGGCGACCGCUGCGUUUUGCCGACGUAUGUCUGCGACGGACACCCCGACUGUCGUCACGGCGAGGACGAAGCGCCGCCACUCUGUCCGCCGUCAGUCUGCCAACAGUCGGGCAUGCUGAACUGUUCAACAGGGCGGUGUAUUUCCGCUGCCGCCUGUUGUCCUACCCCUAAUGCGGGCCCGUUGUGUCUGCAACACAGUUGUUGCUCAGAACACGACCCGUACCGGACAGAAGGUUUCGUCGAGAUAGACUUCCCGGCCUCGUAUGAAGACAAACACGCCCCUGACCAGUACGGGUUCAUACAAUCCACUAUAUACACCGUCACAGCAUGCGCUCUGAUCUUCAUGAUAGCGGCCGUGCUGCUUGUGUCGGCCAUUUGCAAAAUGCACAUGAAACGAGCAGCGUUGCGGAGCUACGCCCGCGCCGCCGCGCAGCGCAACUAUAUGACUCACCCGCCGCCUCGCUACCCGCCGUGCUAUGAGGCGUCGCGACUCCUCGAGCAAGCCGCCAACGCGCCGCCGAUCGAUAUCGUCGACAUGUCUCACAACAACAUGCAAACAACGCCGGAUCCGGUGACGGACGAUAAUCCGGACAACGCCGGAUUCGGGCUGUCUCGGCUCUCGUCCAUAUUCUCAUCGAGAUAUAGACAGGUGCCCACCACAUGCGACGUGGAGAUGACGACGGUGCGCCCCGCCCCCGCCUCGCUCGACAGCUCGCCCGCGCGCCGCCCGCGCCUGCGCGACUACCGCAGCCCCACCUACGACGACCUCAACCAGGAGUACUUCCUCAACGCCGAGACGGGUAACUGCGGGCGCGAGCUGAAUUACAUGUCGCCAGUCGAGAUGUACCGCAGUCGGCUCGACUUGGACCGCCGGCUUACACUCCAACUUGGACGGUUCCAGCUAUCUCUCCCGCGUUUCGGUCGCGAGCGGCCCGGAACACCGAACGUGGCCGAAAUCAACAUACACGACUUAGACUUCGUGCGACACUCGGCCGAUACCUACACGCUCAACGGACGCACUAUCAGACUGCUCGGCGCAAAUUUCUCGACGUGCCCGCGGCCGCCGCCCUACUCGUGGCGCAAGGCGGGCGGGCCGCCGCCCGACUACGUGCGCGCCGCCGCCGCCGACGCCGACGCCGACAACAACUCCGAGAUGCCGCCCAGGUACGAAGACGUGAAUAGCAACGAAGAACACAUCGAGCGAGUGACCGUCUCUCUAAACGCUAUCCGCGAGAGCGGGGAGAGUCUCGACCGCGCCGACCAAACUACCGACAGAGCCGACGACAACAUGAACUCUAUCGCGCACAUGCUCGCCACCGACAACAUACCCGCCAUCGACGAUGUCAACGCUAAUGAAAUUGUCGGCGACUAAUGUCGGUCUUUUGUCGGUAAACUGAAACUGACAUCGAAGAUAUCAACGUUAAAGAAAUUACCGACUAAUUUGGUCGGUGGAUUUUUCUCGGUGAUAGUUGUAGCCAUUUUCAUCAACGUCAAAGAUUUUUUAAUUAUUGAUUUAGUCGGUGUAAUUUUUGUCGGCUGGAAUUUAGUAAUAUCAACAUGUUAUUUAACGACAGCUAUCGUUGGUGUUGAUCGGUGUUUAAUGUUAUCUGUGAAAGUAGUAUUGUUUGUGAAAGACUGUUUUUGGUCGAUUUAGUCGGUGAUCAAAUGAUUUAGUUAAUGAAAAAAGGUUGUAGAGAAAAAACUUUUCACUUGACAUAAUUACCUAUUUUUAGUGCCAUAGGACAAAAACUUUACUUUUUUCCAAUAAUAUGUAAGUUACAAUUUUUAUAAGAAUAAAUACUAAACUUGUGAAAAUUGUGACUUGAUAUGUAAAACCUAAAAAGAGUUUUCGUGUGGAGUAAAUAAUUUUGUCGGCGACAAAAUUUGUCGGUGCCGACAAAUCACCGACUAAAGUGUUUUUUCAAAUUUUAUUCUUGCACUUCAAAUCUUGCCUCCUUUUGUUGUACAUAGCAUAGUGCCUUAGUAACACAAUAAACACAAAUUAUAUUUACUAAGUAUAGUGUAAAUAAUUAUUAGUAUAAAUCCUACUGCAACUCUGGAGAAUUUACGACAAUAACUGUACGGAAAAAAAAACUUUCCUUUUUUUAAUUAAAAUCCCAUUUUAAAGCCCAAGUUUUGCUCAUAAUUUUAAUCAUGAUUUUUUUAACUGCCUUUAGAUUAAUAUUGCCAUUUUUUAGAAAAACAAAGACAAAGAAAAAUGUUUUAUUUGCACGCACAUAACAUAAACAGUAAGAACAAAAAAUAAUAAAAAUAAAGGAACGUCUCCUUUAUAAAAAAGGAAGGUCUCCUUUAUAUAAAAAGGAAUGUCUCCUUUAUAAAAAAGGAAGGUCUCCUUUAUAAAAAAGGAAGCUCUCUUUUAUAUAAAAAGGAAUGUCUCCUUUAUAAAAACGGAGGGUCUCCUUUAUAUAAAAAGGAAUGUCUCCUUUAUAAAAAAGGAAUGUCUCCUUUAUAAAAAAGGAAUGUCUCCUUUAUAAAAAAGGAAGGUCUCCUUGAUAUAAAAAGGAAUGUCUCCUUUAUAUAUAAAGGAAUGUCUCCUUUAUAAAAAAAAUAAAGGACUGUCUCCUAAAAAUAAAAUUUGCUAGCUUAAGGAUUUAAUGUAGACUUAUUUUUCCACACUGUAGUACACAGUAUUAUUGAGUUCAAUAUAACUCCUUGCCUCAAAAUGUUACCUAAAAUUCGAUCCCUGAUUCUCCAGAGUUGUAUGUAUUAGUGGAAAAUGUAAUAUCUUGUCUAUUUUUUACUCCAGUGCAUUUAAAACACUAUGUAAUAGUUAAAAGUGUGCUUUGGGGUAAUAUCAAAAUAAGUAAUCUUAUAUUAUAUAUGGUAUACAGUGUGUAUUUUUGAUAUUACCGCAUACUUAUCAGGCUCUUUAGUGAAAGCCCAAAAUAGAUUUAAUUAAAAAAUACUACUUUUUUUUUCAUACGAAAUAUUCAGCACGCAAUGUAUUCCUACUUAAUUUUUGUUCAACGACGUGACUUGACGUAAGACCUGUCAAUUAGGGACAGGGACAGAUGUCAAAUAGGGGCACAGAAUACAUUGCUGCUCAAUAUUAUUUCAUAAAUUAAUUACGCUCUAGUAGUUUGGACUAAACUUAUAAUUACUUGUAUUGGUUCUUAGCACUAAACCGGAGGUAAUAUCAAAAAACACCCUGUAUAAGUAUUAGGUAGUUAUUUUUAUGAAAUACACGUAUGUAGGUGUUUUUAACGCACUGUAACGUUACUUUCAAGAGUGUGUUGAUCAAUAUAUUUUUCUUAGAUCAAUAAAAUAUUUCUCAAAAAAAAUCAAAAUUAUCUGUCAUAAAAAAUCUUAAACGUAGUCAUCAGAAAUUCCUCAAUUGUCACAAAUAUUUGGAAUUACCCCAAAGCACCUAUUUGUUAUAGUUCUGCCAUGUUGACAUAUUACCAUUUUAUUAUUAAUAACGUUAGUGAUAUUAAUUUUAAUGACUUUGUAAAUAAUUUAUUUUUAUUUAGAUUAUGUUUUUUAAGGCAGCUGACGUAAGUUUGAUAAAAUCACAUUGCGGCAUAUGUAAUGGCAUUUUCAGGAUUUGGGUCCCCCAAUUAGCGUAAGUUGUUAACAAAAAUUAACUCGCUGUCAGUUUUGUGACGACGAUUAA